CCCGGGAGCCGGGGACGUCUGCGCGGGCCGAGGGCGGUGGUGGUGGCGGCGGGAGGCGAUGGGCCGCGGCUGGGGCUUGUUCGUCGGCCUCUUGGGUGUCGUGUGGCUGCUGUGCCCUGCGCACGGCGAGGAGCGGCAGCCGGAGACGGCCGCGCAGCGCUGCUUCUGUCAGGUUAGUGGUUACCUGGAUGAUUGUACCUGUGAUGUUGAGACCAUCGAUAAAUUUAAUAACUACAGACUUUUCCCAAGACUACAAAAACUUCUUGAAAGUGACUACUUUAGAUAUUACAAGGUAAACUUGAAGAAGCCAUGUCCUUUCUGGAAUGACAUCAACCAGUGUGGAAGAAGAGACUGUGCUGUCAAACCCUGCCAUUCUGAUGAAGUUCCUGAUGGAAUUAAGUCUGCAAGCUACAAGUAUUCUGAAGAAGCUAACCACAUUGAAGAAUGUGAACAAGCUGAACGGCUUGGAGCGGUGGAUGCAUCUCUAAGUGAGGAAACCCAGAAGGCUGUUCUUCAGUGGACCAAGCAUGACGAUUCUUCAGACAGCUUCUGUGAAGUUGAUGACAUACAGUCCCCCGAUGCUGAGUAUGUGGAUUUACUCCUUAACCCUGAGCGCUACACAGGCUACAAGGGACCAGAUGCUUGGAGGAUAUGGAGUGUCAUCUAUGAAGAAAACUGUUUUAAGCCACAGACAAUUCAAAGGCCUUUAAAUCCUUUGGCUUCUGGUCAAGGAAAAAGUAAAGAGAAUACUUUUUACAGCUGGCUAGAAGGCCUCUGUGUAGAGAAGAGAGCAUUCUACAGGCUUAUAUCUGGUCUACAUGCAAGCAUUAAUGUCCAUUUGAGUGCACGGUAUCUUUUACAAGACACUUGGCUGGAAAAGAAGUGGGGUCACAACAUCACAGAGUUCCAGCAGCGCUUUGACGGGAUUUUGACCGAAGGAGAAGGUCCGAGGAGGCUGAAGAACCUGUAUUUCCUCUACUUGAUAGAGCUAAGGGCUCUGUCUAAAGUGCUUCCAUUUUUUGAGCGCCCAGAUUUUCAGCUUUUCACUGGAAAUAAAGCUCAGGAUGCAGAAAACAAAGUGUUACUUCUGGAGAUCCUUCAUGAAAUCAAGUCAUUUCCAUUGCAUUUUGAUGAGAAUUCCUUUUUUGCUGGGGAUAAAAAUGAAGCACAUAAACUAAAGGAGGACUUCCGGCUGCAUUUCAGAAAUAUCUCGAGAAUCAUGGACUGUGUUGGCUGUUUUAAGUGCCGCCUGUGGGGGAAGCUGCAGACUCAGGGUUUGGGCACUGCUCUGAAGAUCUUGUUUUCUGAGAAACUGAUAGCAAAUAUGCCAGAAAGUGGACCAAGUUAUGAAUUCCAGCUAACCCGACAGGAAAUAGUAUCACUGUUUAAUGCAUUUGGAAGGAUUUCUACAAGUGUGAGAGAACUGGAGAACUUCAGGCACUUGUUACAGGAUGUUCACUGAGGAGGACAGGUGGAAAUGUCCCUGUUUCUGGACAGGGGAGGCCAAACAGUGGAACCUCUCAUUACAGCAUGACCGCAAAGGCCAAACGUUUCUAUAAAGCUGCUUUUGUAAAAGGAGAAAUACAUUGUUUUAAGUAAAUGACGUUUUCAAAAAUUGUGUUCAUGUUUAGUAUUAUUGUGAAUAAAUGUAUUUUGAUAAUGUACAAAUUUUAAUACUAUACAAAGGUAAAACCACCAAACUCCCAUAUGAUAAAGCUAGGUGAAUUAUGUCUUAAGCCUCUCAAAUUAGAGUUGUAUUUAAGAAAUGGGAUAAAAAUAAAUCUAAGGUAACUGUGGCCAGUGUUUGAUAGUAAAACUCUAAGAGGCUCACCAAUAAACCCAAGGUCAACAGCCUAAAAAACACCAAUGCAUUUUCAUUUGCCUUGUUUGCAAAGAAAAUACAGAACUCCUAGUUAGAUUUGAAUUUUAGAUAAGCAACUAGUUUUCUUUUAAGUGUAGGUAUGUUGUAUGCAGUAUUAGAGCUCUAUUUAUAUUAAAAGUAAUUAAUUUGUUUUAAGUUCAGGUUUAACUGGGAGGCCUGUGUUUUCCUGGCUACCUUAAGAUACACUGGUGUGCAACAUUCCUUUCAGAGUUAUAUAGCUAUUUUGAUUGUGCUGUUUUGGUAUGUAGGGAAGUAGAACAACUCAAAGGCACAGAAGAUUUCUAAACAUUGUAGAAAGAUGAAUAGAUUAUAUAUUUAUUCUCAUAUUGCUUCCCCUAAAAGUAAAAUUUUGGGGGAAAUUUUAUUUUUAUAUACUUUCAGAUUUACAGAAAAGUUUCAAAAACAGUAUAAAAAAAUCUGUUUUACUCAAAUUCACUGAUUGUUCACCUGUGUUGUAACGUCUUACCCUUUCCCACACUGGGGAUUGAGCCCAGGACCUCAGGCAUGGUAGGCUAGCCCUCCAGCCCUGACCUGUAUCCUCAGGCUUUGCUUUAUCUUCUAUGAGAUGUAGAUACCCUGUUUUUAUUUAUUGUUUGAGAACUAGUCAUGGGCAUCGUGCUUUAACCCAAAAUACUUCAAUGUGAUGCUUGGGAAUUUCCUAAAAAUGAUUUUUUAAGGGAAAAACAAAACCUUACAAAUCUGAGCUAAACUACUAUAAGCCUUAAAAUAAGGAAACAUCUCACGUCCUAGUCACCUAAAGUUUGAAUUUUGUUCCCUUUUUACUUGUGUAAUCAUUGGGUAUACAAUUCAUGUUUUUUAUACAUCAAACUGAUUUCUUUUGCCUCCAUAAAAUGGGAGUAUAACUUAGAUGAGUUUUCAUUAGUUAAAGUUUUUCACUGAGAACAAUAUUUUAAGGGGCUUAAGAAUUUACAUCACAUGGCAAUUAUAAAUUCUAUGUACCUCAAAAUUAUGCCCCCUUUAUAUCAUAUAUAUAGUGUCUGCGCAGUUAGGACAGGUUGAGAUGUCACAUAAGAAAAGCAAGAUUUAUAUAUGUAAUGGUUAGAAAUGUCACUUUACACUGCUGUGUAUCUUCUCUGUCCCUAAGACUUGGUCCAGUGCCAAGCUUAUAGUUGUUGUCUAGUAUUCAUUGAUUGAAUAUGUAAGUAUGUAUUUAGCAUACUCUAAGUGAAUGAUCAUAUAACUGUUUAACAAUGUGUCCGACUUUCUCAUUUUUUUCCCUUUUGAAUAGGGUAGCAAAUGAAAGACGUCAUUAAUUAAGUCUGUUUUCUUAGGGACUCAUAGUACUAUGUGAUUACCAUAUACAAAGGUAUUUCAGCAGCUACUGUUUGAAAAACCUCACUGCUUUCACAGGCUGCUUCCCACUUGAUUGAUGCUUUGUCCUCUGUCCCUCCAAAUGAGGCCUAACAGCUUAAUUUUAAGUCUACAGACUGCAAGGAUUCAGGCAUUACGCUGGCCUGCCCCUGUCACCUGGCAGAAUGCACCCAGGCAGUGCUCUGGUCAGCCCAGUGCCCUUUAAAAGAAAGACCUCCGGCUACUUAAGCUUUCUUUCCACCCUGUUCCUGCUGUUCCCUGGGGCAGACAGGACUUUUCCAAUCUCCCUCUUCUCUUCUGUCCUCUGUCUCUUUACACCCCCCCCCCCAAACUUCUCACUUAAAUUGUCUGCCUGGCAUGCUUGUCCCUCUGUCUGGGUCACCCUUGCCUGCCAUGGAAUCCGCCAAGGUCCCCCUGGCGCUUUGUUCUCACACAGUUAACAAGCCAUUUCUUAAUUUGAACUUUUUCCUGUACUUGACACUCUUGACAAUCCCUCCUUGAAGCCCCUAUGCCUGUGUGUCCUUGCCUUUCCUCUGGUCUCAGUUUACCUAAAUGUCAAUCCUCAGACUUCCUGUACUCAGUCACUGCUUCUUCACUCGUGGGUCAUUUCCAUCCAGUGAUGCCCAACAGAUGUUAGCUCAGACUUCAGUCCGUUUUCCUGCCGGACAUGCUUCUCUGUACCGAGUCUCCUUACUUGGUUAAUUUCAGAACCAUUGCUCCGUUUUACGGUUCAUUCCUCUUCCUCUUCCUGUUGGCGUCUGAGUCCUGCGGAUUUUACUGCCACCUUUCUCUUCUACAUUCUCUUUCAUUUGUGUUACUGUUACCUAAAGGACUGCCUAAGUCUAUUUCCUCAUCUCUGUUGGUCCAUACCACCUGAUUUGGUUUUCUAGAAGCAUUCAAGUGCUUGGUGUCCAACGUCCUCCUCUUGUCUUUGCCACUAUGUUCUGAUAAGAGUGUUAAAAGUUUUUCUUUUGUCCAGAGCUAGAUCUCCCUCCAAACCUGGCAUUGAGAAAACCAUCUGGGAAAUUCCAUGCAUUCCUGAAAUUGUCUUUGAAAUUACACCUGUCCCCUUCCUAUGGUCACCACUGUAAUUGCAACCUACCUCUACUGAAAUCACUUAUUGUACUGUAUGUUUUAUUUUUUUAAGUGUCUUUUACUAGAGUGUGAGCUCCUUAGGGGCAGGAAAAGAAACUGUUAAUUUUGGCAUCUCUAUAGCAUAAUGUUUGGCAUAAGAGCACUUAAUAAAUGUUUGUGAAUUAAUUGCUUCAUAGUGACAACUGUACCUCACUGUAAGUGCCCUAACGGCCUUUGCUUACAGCAAGGAUCAGUAGACUUCAGGGUGGACAAUAAAAAUGAAAAUAACUUAAA